AUGGCCAAGAUUGUCACCGUUGUAGGCGCCACCGGUUCCCAAGGGAAAGGCGUAAUCUCUGCAUUUAUCAAUAGUCCGGCUUACCGAGUCCGUGCCAUUACGCGGAACCCGUCGAGCCAAGCGGGCCAAGCCCUUGCAGCCUUGGGGGCCGAAGUUGUCUUGGCUGACCUCAACGACCUCGCUAGCCUCAAGGCCGCCUUCGCCGGUUCCCACAUCAUAUUCGGCGUCACCAACUUCUUCGAGCCCUUCAUCGCGCACCAGUCCCCCGAAAAGGCUGUGGAAGUCGAGACUCAGCAGGGCAUCCACCUCGCCCAAGCCGCCGCCGCUACCCCGACGCUCGAGCACUACAUCUGGAGUACCCUCCCCAAUGCCAAGGCCCUCUCAGGGGGCAAGCAUCUGAUCCCUCACUUCGAGGGUAAGAACGCCGUCGACGCCUACAUUCGCGAUGAGCAGCCCGCGCUCCUAGCUAAGACUACAUUCUUCUGGGUCACGUGGUAUGCUAAUAACUGCACCGCGCCCUUUUUUACGCCUACCUGGACAGCCUCUAUCGGGAAGCACGUCCAGCUAGGCUGCUAUAGGCCCGAGACGCUUAUGCACACUAUCGGGGACGUAACUAAAAACAUAGGCGCAUUCGCUAGCGCCGUGGUCGAGCAACCGGAUAAGACUCGUGGGGGCGCCGUCGUACUGAUCUCGAUAGAGCAGCACCUAGCGGGCGAUAUGCUACAGCUAUGGGCUAGGGUAAAGGGCACUACAGCGCAGUUUGUAAGGGUGAGCGGGGAGGCGUUUAGGGAGUCGUGGCCGCUGUGGGGCGAGGAGAUGGCCGUUAUGAUGGAGUUCUGGGACGAGUACGGUGAAAGGAGCUGGAUGAGGGCCGACGGGGGCAAGGUGCUCGACAAGGAUGACCUGGGAGUCACAGAGUUUGAAUCCCUGGAGGAAGCUUAUAAGGGACUAGAGUUGUAA